AUGCCUUCUUCACACGCUGACGACCUCUCGGUCGGAGACGUGUUCGCGCCGCAGGCGGAUAGCGAACAGUCCGUCAUCGACCCUCCGGCCAAUCACCGCCUCCCCAAUGCACACAUGGGCAACAUCUCGACUCCCAAGGCCAAAGGGCUUACUGGGCUUGCGAACCCGGCCUUGACCCCGGAUCUUUUGCCGAAGUCGCAGCGACGCAAGAAUAAGAAAAGAACCGAAGCCCCAGCCGCGGCUUGCGCCACCGUUCACGGCUUCACGCCUAUGGCCUCCGGCGACGAAGAAUCGGAUUUCUCCGCCGCUAGCUCCCGUGCACCUUCUCGUCCCCCAACCGCUUUGGGCGGCGCAAGCCCCUUGGCGCAGCCAUCGAAUGGUCAUGGAGUCAGCGCGCUGAAGCUGCAGCUCAGCACCCUUAAUCUGUCGGACCAGGCUGAUAUCAGCGAACUUGUCUCUCAGACGCCCAGCAUUGCCAGUGUGUGCUCCGACAGUGAUCAGACCGAGAUUUUGACUAGUUAUGAAAUCCCGCUGGAUCAGGACUUUGUCAGUUCCGACGCGGUGCAACCCGAGGAUCGCAAUGCGGGUAAUGCCGGUAUGGACUUGGAUUUGCGCAGUCAACUGUGCCGGAAAAUGACAGCAGAUGAUUUCGUCCCUAUCCUUUGCCUGGGCAAAGGCUCGUUUGGAACGGUUCUACUUGUGCGCCACGUCGUCACAGGCAAGCUGUAUGCCCAGAAACAGUUCCGGAAGGCGUCGAUCACCGUUCAUAAGAAGCUUGUCGAACAGACCAAGACAGAGCGCACAAUCUUGGAGAGUGUCAACCGUCACCCCUUUGUUGUUAAGCUCUUUUACGCUUUCCAGGACCAUGAGAAGCUUUACCUUAUUCUUGAAUACGCGCAAGGCGGUGAAUUGUUCCAUCACCUUGCUAUGGAGCGCAUGUUCCAGGAAGACGCCGCGGCAUUCUAUAUGGCUGAGAUGGUCCUAGCCCUCGAGCACUUGCAUCAGAAUGUCGGCGUCCUCUACCGUGAUCUGAAGCCCGAGAACUGUCUCUUGGACGCUCAGGGUCAUCUGCUUCUCACAGACUUUGGCCUCAGCAAGAUCGCCCUCAACGACGAUGACCGCUGCAACUCCCUUCUCGGCACCAUCGAGUACAUGGCCCCCGAGGUCAUCCAAGGAAAGCCUUACGGCAAAGCCUGUGACUGGUGGUCUCUCGGUGCAUUGGGUUACGACCUCCUCACUGGCGCGCCUCCCUUCCGCGCAGGCAACCACGCCAAGCUCCAAGAGAAAAUCGUCAAGCAGAAGCUCGUGCUCCCCUACUUCCUAGGUCCAGACGCGAAAGACCUCCUCACACGCCUCAUGCGCAAGGAGCCCUCCAAGCGCCUCGGCUACCACAUGCAAAAAGACCUACAGACGAUCAAGAAGCAUCGCUUCUUCCGAAAGAUCGACUGGGCAGCUCUCGAGCGACGCGAGCUAGAUCCACCCAUUCAGCCCGUCGUGACCGACCCCGCGCUCGCAGAGAACUUCUCAGUCGAUUUCACCAAUCUGCCACUUAGCCCCACGAUCACAGCGACAGGGUUCGAUGAGUAUUAUGCCAAUGGCAAGGAUUGUCCGGAGAGCAGUGAAGAGAAUGCGAAUGGCAUCGGAGAGAGUAAUCCUUUUGGUGGAUUCAGCUAUGUUGCCUCAAGUAGCUUGCUGGAUCAUGGCCUGGGCGUGAUGACUACUGGCUAUUGA